AUACUUACGCAGGCCAGUCCAGAAAAGUAAAAGCAGAAGUAGGUCAAUUCAGAAUAUGUCGCAAAUUGCGACGAAUGUUCAUCUUCUUCACUGCGCUCUCUUCUGCACGCCAUCAAUAGCUUGCUUCCCCGACGGGCAAACCGUUCUCCGGCGCCGUUAAGCAAUCAGCUGCUAUCUCCGGAACCGGUUGCUGACCGCCUUCUGUUUAUCCCUCGCUCUCCACUGAUUUCUCAACGACGGCGGCGGCGGCGGCGGGAACUUUGCGGAUACUUCUCAUUUCGGGAGUGAGUGGGAUAAUGAGCAAUUCCCAAGCCAUUUUUCGGCAGAAGGGCCCUUUUUGUACUCCUUCGAUUAACAAACCGCAAGUUUGUCUUUUCAGAAGCAAUUAUCGACUGCUCUUAGUCAGAAAGGAGCACAAUUUACAACUAAGGAGUUCUAAAUUAUCGGGAAGACUUCGAGUGCAUUGUGUGAUGAAGAAAGAAACUGACCUGAGUACUUCAGCAUUGGUUGACGCAGCGACAGAGUCAUUGCAGGAAGCUGAUGUCAGGGAACCCAGUGUGUCUACCAUCUUGAUGAACUUUGAGAACAAGUUUGAUCCUUAUGAUGCAAUGAGUGUGCCCCUUUACCAGACGGCUACAUUUAAGCAGCCAUCAGCAACAGAAAAUGGUCCUUAUGACUACACUAGAAGUGGGAAUCCUACUCGGGACGUUUUAGAAAGCUUGUUGGCAAAGCUAGAUAAAGGGGAUCGAGCACUUUGCUUUACGAGUGGAAUGGCUGCCUUGGCUGCCGUCAGCCAUCUUUUUGGAACUGGGGAUGAAAUUGUGGCCGGGGAUGACAUUUAUGGUGGAUCUGAUCGAUUGUUGUCACAAGUGAUUCCAAGAAGUGGAAUUGUGGUGAAACGAGUGAAUACGAGUAGCCUGGAAGAGGUUGCUUCUUCAAUGGGGCCUCAGACAAAGCUUGUGUGGCUGGAGAGCCCAACAAAUCCACGCCAACAAAUUUCUGAUAUCCGCAAAAUUGCAGAGAUAGCUCAUGCAAAUGGUGCUCUUCUUUUGGUCGAUAAUAGCAUUAUGUCUCCUGUUUUGUCACGGCCAUUAGAGCUUGGGGCAGAUAUUGUAAUGCACUCAGCAACUAAGUUCAUAGCUGGGCAUAGUGAUCUUAUGGCGGGGGUACUUGUUGUCAAAGGAGAAAGCUUGGGGCGGAGUUUGUAUUUCUUGCAAAAUGCAGAGGGCUCAGGUCUUGCCCCGAAUGAUUGCUGGCUGUGUUUGCGAGGUAUUAAGACGAUGGUUUUGCGUGUUGAGAAACAACAGGUGCCAAUUUUAACUUUGAAACCCGCUUGUGUUGGGAAUUCUAAUCUCCCCGUGUCUAUUAUGUUUGAUGUGUUCCAGGAGAAUGCACAGAAGAUAGCUGAGUUUCUUGCUUCCCAUCCACAAGUUAAAAGAGUUAACUAUGCGGGGCUUCCUGAUCAUCCUGGUCGCGAGCUGCACUACUCACAGGCACAGGGUGCAGGAUCAGUGCUCAGCUUCCUGACAGGAUCACUCGCGCUCUCAAAGCAUAUCGUCGAGACCACCAAGUAUUUCAGCAUCACAGUCAGUUUCGGGAGCGUGAAGUCGCUCAUAAGCAUGCCAUGUUUCAUGUCGCAUGCAAGCAUCCCUGCCGCGGUCAGAGAAGCCAGAGGCCUGACCGAGGAUCUCAUACGAAUCUCUGUCGGGAUCGAGGAUGUGGAUGAUCUCAUUGCUGAUUUGGACUUCGCCCUGAAAACUGGACCCGCUGCAUAGCCGGCUCCCUGAAGAAGUAACCACGAACUCUUCCUUGCCUCUUUGAGUUUUUAGUAGUAGUAUGUUUGCCAAUUGAUGUGAUCUAAUUUUUGGUCAAGAGUGGAAGAAUUGUCUUCACAUAAUUGAAGCUUCACCUCCUUUCAAUUGGGAUCACGAGUGUAUGUUAUUGACUUUCAGAACUGGAAAAUUGAAAUACUCUUGGUAAAUCAAUAAGAAGGUUGGCAUUUCUUCGUUGUACAUUGAUUGUGAUGAAGAAUAUGGCUCUUGCCUAGUGGGCAAUGAUUUAGUCCGCAGUCAAAGA